UACAAUAUUCACUUCGUGGAUUUGAUUAAGGGUGGUGAUAGAAAUUAGAGAUCUUGGCUUCAGAAUACAAAAGGUUUAUCUUGGUUGGCCUUGAGACUCUUGGUGAUUGAAUAAGAUUUUGUUGAUAGAAGCACAAGAGUGAUGAUCAAGUUUAAAUGGUAGGAAUUAAAAAUUUGGAUGAAUGUACAGAUUCUAGACAUGGGUCAACAAGGAUGACUCUAUGCACACAGCGGUGUCAUGUGAUCAUUCUCAGGACUGGCAUUGUAGGGACUGGAAAUUGUGGGUGAGGCUAAGUGCAUGUAGUUGAGCAUAUCAUGAGUUUCAUUAAUCACUGUAUACUUCAUAGGCAUGGUAGUAAGAUGGUUUUAUAGCAGUUUUACAGUGACAGCAUGCCAAAUAUGAAUGUGCAGCAAUUGGCCUAUGAAAACGGAUUGAUCUUUAGCCAUGGGUCAGAACCAGUCUGCUAGAACUCCUCGGGAGGAGAUAAAGGGCCCUCCUCCUAGACCAGCUGAACUUCCAACAUCCCGCCUAGUCAGUGAUCUCGGCCCAAAGAGUCCCAGCUACUACAAUCCCGCCAACUGUGUGCUGCCCUCUGUUCUGACAGGGAUUAAGGAUGUACAACUAAGACCCGUUUCACAGGAACUUUCUCAGUAUCAUCCAGACUUCAAGGAUAUAUUUUCUAGUCCUAACUCCAAUGAAAAUGACCAGAAUUCUGAAAAUGUGCCCUCAAAGGGUGAUAUUUCAAAUGGAGAUUUGCCACAUGAGGAGAUUCCAAAUGGAAAUUUUAACAGUACUAUUUUGUCAAGUUCUUACCCAGGUUUGCAAAGCUCUGUGUUGGCAAAUGGCUUGCCCAGUUCAUCUGCUCGUGUCAAUGGUGGUUCUGUUGAGAAUGGAAUACUCACGCAAUCUGCAUCAGGAAAAGUGAGGGGACAUCGCAGACAAAUGUCAGCCACAUCUAGUCUGUACAUCCGUGAAACAAUUCCAGAGGACCCAAAUGAGGAAUCUCUUGAAAUGCGAGGGAAGAUUGAUCCCAUUUCAAUGGACACAAGUUACACUUCACAAGUGUCUAUACCUGUGAAAAAUUCAUUUGACUUGGACCAGUCCUACAAUAUGACCUAUGCCCAACUUGCUGAAGCUCGCAGGAGCAAAACUUUAAUGGACAUUGAAAAACGAACUGGUAAAAAACUGGAGGACUUGAGUUUUGACUUGGCUGACAACACUGAUGAGGGGUCAUUUUCUAGAAAUCCCUCUGUCCGAAGUAUCAAAAGUGCUAUCAGUUUAGAUUCUGGUAUGAAAAAGAAAAAGAGAGCUCCACCACCACCGAACCAUCCUCCACCACAACUACCAUCCUCAACAACACAAAAACCAUCUGCCCCACCUCCUCCAAGACCAGUUCAACCUCCACAGAGAAAAUCCCAUUCUUUUGAGGAACCCCCAGUGGAUUAUGAUAUGGACACUUUGGACAAUGCACUCGUGAAACGCUCCACGAGUUUACGCACACCAGCUGCACCUCCUCCACCUCCAAUAACAAAGUCUAUUUUGAAAAAAUCAGGUACAAGUGGUCCAUCUACAACAAAUAAUCAAUAUCCACCAAGUGCAAUACAAACUACAGCACAGAGUGCACCUACAACUCCUCGCUCUACCUCGCUAUACAAAUCCCCUCCGGUUCUUCCACCUUCUGCAAAGGCAAAUCAGUCAAAUCCGUUUUUAUUAGAAAUUCAAAAGAAAGCAGAACGCAUUUCAAUAAGGAGACAGGAAUCAGAGCAGGCUGAAAUGGAUAAGAAAGCUUCAAAUGUGGAGGAUCCUACUAAUGAAGAGACUUCUGAAGAAGUGGAGAACCUUAACUUCACAGACAUUUCAAUAGCUGAGGAUGAGCCUAAUCUUGUUUUCCGAAGUGCUUCUCUCACCCCUCGUGAAACUCAGGAUAAAUAUUCGCCCAGACCCCCUCCACUUCUGAGACAGAAUUCUGUUGAUUCAGGAGUUAUUGAAAGUUCAACUACAAAUCCUGAAACACAGAAGCCAGGAGAGGGACUACAAAGACAGCCAUCAGAAACUUCCACAACCAGUGGUGUGUCAUCCAAUGACAGCAACACAGUCCAAGCAACAAGAAGGUUGAGCUCCUUGUUGCAACAUGACAUUAAAAUUGCUGCUCAGGCUAAAGCAACAAAAAUGGUCAAGCACACAACCCCUGUGAAGGAGAAACCAAAAGAUCCUUCACAAGUCUUUCGAGAACAACUCCAAAAAGCUGCAGCGGAGAGAGAGGCAAGGUGUAAGGACGGGAAGACAAUCGAUUCUCAUUUGGCAGAACAGAGAGAGAAAGAACGCGAACAAGAGGAAAAUUUGGUGUUUAAGUCUGACUUUGUUACGGUCAAACGUGCAGAAGAUAGUAAGAAAGAAUUUCAUAAAUCUAAAGAAACUGAGAAAAAGGACACUGUCAAUGUGAAAGAGGAGUUGUCAGAAUUCCCUCGACCACAGUUUCUGAAGAAAAGUUCUACAGCUCCUAGUGGGUUGGCUGUGAGAAAUUCUAGGCAACGUGCACCUGACUCGGAUGAUGAAGAUGCUAGUAAAAAUUAUCGAGACUCUGUAUAUGGAGCAGAAGACUGGGUGCCAGAAGAUGAUCUGUCAGAUGAUAAUCUUUCUGAUGAUCAGACGAUGGCAUCUCCAAGAAAUGGAAUGGAAGGAUUCAAAACAUCUAUCAUUCCACAGAAAGUCAAAGAUUUGAAAGCCAAGUCCAAGCCCCCCAAAGUUAAAGAAAAGAAAUACAAAAAAAAUUCAGAUUCCUCUGCUGAUGAAAGAAGGAAAUUUGACAGCAUUAAGAAAUUUAAGAAAUCUGUACACAAGAGUGUUAGAAAUGCCUUUGGAUCUAUAAGUAAAGCCUCAGGGAAAAUUAUGAAGAAGCAGAGAUCAGAAGACUUUGAAGUUGUUCAGGACCCUCCAAGAAAUUGGAGGCUUACGUCAUCUCAUUCAGAACCAGCUGUCAACAGGAUGAUGAUACCUGAUGAUUUAGGAGCACAAGAGGACAGUUCUGAAGAUGAGGAGUCUGUUUUAGAGUCAAGUGUUAGUGAAAGCCAUUCUAGUCAUAAAGCAUCAGAAAGCAAUGGAAGAGGAGAUGAUGAAGAAAGUGAAGAAGAUGAAGAUGAAAGUAAAGACCAUGAUAUCAGCACAAUGAAACGUGCUGGUGUGGCUUAUGUUAAUAAUAAAGGACAGAUUGUGUUAUUGCCAGAAUAUGACACUGUGAAUGGAAGAGAUCGGGAAAGAUUUGAAGGAUCUGCUCCUAAGGUAGUUCCAAAGAAAAAGAAAUUUGCAUAUGAUGCCACUGUGAGACGGAAGGAGAGGGAACUGAAGAAUGAGAUGGUGUCAAAAGAAAUUCAAGAAAAGGAAAAACAAAGAGAAGAAGAGAAACAAAAAGAAAGAGAAACAGAAUUGGAAUUCAGAAGACUGCGGGAAUUGGAGGCCAGGGAUAGGCUGCAACAACUGGAGCUCCAAGCAGCACAAAUGCAGCAACAGUUGCUGCAACAACAGCAGCAACAGAUGGGUUUUCUAUCGGCCCCACCACUUCCUCCACCUACCGGGUUUCAACAGGGCUACAAUCCUGCAGCAUUUGAGUACUCCAAUGUGAUGAAUCAACCCAACCUUCAGCAUGGAGGAAUUGGCCAACAUUAUGGUAGCCAGCCUACCUUUAGGGGGCCAUUGUUCAAUGCUGGUGUUCCUGGUGUGAGUUACGAUCUUAAUGACUAUAUGAGAAUGAUGCAUGGCUUCCAACAGAAUCAAACCAAUAUGACUUCUGCAUAUGGAUUUAUGUUGAAUGGAUCCAGUUGGCCAAAUCCUGUGAUGGAUGUUAAAGGUUUUGUGGAUUAUUCUAAAAUGUCUAGCAAUAGUGUGCCGACAGACGAUUCACAAAGAAAUGAGGUGUACAACACAUGGCAGGGGCCUACCAAGCAAGUAGUACCCAACCCGAACUCAGAAUCAGGAUCUGCGCAAUAUAUGAUGAAUGGUGACAGUCCUGCAAACCAGCAAUAUCAUUCUAAUGGUGCUAGUGAUCCCAGUGGCAAGGGAGAUGACUCUAAUUCUGAUGUUUCCGUGUCGGAAGGACUAUCACCCCAAAGGGCUUCCAUGGUGGCUAAAAUCCAUGUUGGGGAUUUUCGACCAUCAGUGACUGAGAAUAGUGUUGGAUUAUUCAAGUCAUCCAUUUCGGUUCCAAACCUUUCUAAAUAAGGGAAAACACGGACUGCAGGUAGUGCUUGUAGCUGUGUCAACUGUCACCUCCAUGUAUUGAAGUAGAACGCUCUCCAGACAACACUCUCUCAGGAUGUUAAUUGGACAAAAUAUAUGCUAUGAAUUGAGGUCUAUGUAUUGGAGACUAUGAUAUAAUAUGAUAGUCUGAAUUGGAAGAAUGAAGUCUUGUGGGGUUUUUCUCCCCUUUCACUACAUUUUACAAUUAUUUUAGUUGACAACUUCUUGGUGGUGUUUAUGUAUGAGGGAAAAAUGUUUAUUUGUUUUUUUUACAAAAAAAUUAGUUUUUGGAGACAUCAUCUAAAAAUAUAUGAAUUCAGUAUAUUCUACUAUGUAACAAUGCAUAUUUGUUUUCUGUAAGCAAUUAAAACCAUGUAUUGUACUAAUAAUUCAUUUUUCUAUGAACAAUUACUAUUGUGGUUCUCUGAUGAUUGAAGGAACAAAAAUUCUAGUCUAUUCAUAAAAUCCAAUUUUAAAAUUGAAUGUUUAUACUGACAUUUCUACAUUGUUCUACGUUUGUCAAACUCACCUAGUAAAUACACAAUCACCUCUACACCUUAAUGAUGAUCAAUGUUUUUUUUCCAUAAAAAUGGGUUUUUGUACCUGUAUAACUAUUAAUGUACAUCAUUUUCUCUCCACAUUAAAAUGCAAUUUUCUUUUCAUGUUAAUUUCCAAACGUGGUUGAGCUAGACUAUAAAUAUAAUGUUGAAAACUUUUAGUCUAUUAGUACAGUCAAACUUCGAAAUCAUUCAAACCAGAUUCAUUAAACACUCGUUUACAAUACACCCUUUCAGCGCCCUAAUGCAAGUCUUUCUUACAGAUUCUUCAACACAUAUGCUUACCCAGGAGUGGGUCAUUAGCAUGGAUAUUUUCAGUCUAAUCAAAAUUAGAUUCAUUUGCUCAUAGAUUGUAACCAUUUUGUAAAUGCAUUAUAUAGCAUCAGAUCAUUUAUAAUUUAGAGUUGUCUUUCUUAUCAGAGAGGCCAUUGUACCUUAAAUUAAAUUAAAAUACAGUCAAACCUUGUUAUCACAAACUUGAUGGAACUGAGAGAAAAAAAAAGACAUCUGAGAAUUCGAGAUAUCAUGGGUAAAAUACUUAAAGAAUAAGUGGUUGAGACUUCUGAAUCACUUCAACAUAUCCAUGGUAUUCGAGAUAUCAGUGUUCGAGAUACCGUAGUUCAUCUGUAACACAAAACUGUUCCGUGGAUACAAUUUCUUACUGUAUGUUUUGAAUAAUAAACAUGUAUUACUGUCAUUAAUUAAUACACUUAUCCCCGCCACUUUGACUAACAUGAAUUACAUCUGUGAUUGAGACUCUUUUGAUGUAUUGUACACAUAAUAUGUUAAUGAAACUGAUAACUAUCCUCAUACAUCAUGUAUCUCUAGAUCUAAUUAUAAAUAUGCAUUAGUUUUCUAAUUGUAUGAAAUUCCUGAACUUUAUACAUCUUUAGUUAUAUAGGUCACAGGGACCUCAUUAAUGAAUUGUUCAUCAUCAUAUCCUAUUAUAAUUAUGUGCAACUUUACCAGAAAUACUUUCGUUGUGAUUCCUAUUCACAAAUACCGUAUUAGAUUUAUUCGCAAAUUAAUGGUUCUUUCAAUAUUGUUAUUGUAGAACUACUAUUAUAGAUUAUUCUCUAAAGAGUGGCACACUUCUGGCAGUAUGUAAAAUACAUGGGUAUGAAAUAAUAAUAGACACUGGUUUUGACUACAGAUUACUCUGUUUACCUGAUCAAGAGAUAGGGCUCGCAGCAGGUGUGACUGGUUGACAGGGAUGCUUACUCCUCCUAGGCACCAGGUCCCACCUCUGGUGUGUCCAGGGAUCCGUGUUUGUCUGAUCCCUCCUCUGGUGUGUCCAGGGGUCAGUGUUUGCCCAGCUCUCUUGUAUUCCUUAUAGGAGUUGUGAGAUUGAUCAUGUUCGUUAUCUUCACCUUUCACAUUAAUACAAAUGCUGUUUUUCUGAGCAUUGAUAUAAUCUUCUAUUGGCCAGUAUUUAAUGAUAUGCAAUCAUGUGAAUUUGUCUUUCUCUGUGUCAUGUUUCUUCCAGAUUAGCAUUAUGAUGCUGAACUUUCCACAGGUAUAAAAUUGUUUUCAUUAUAAUCAUGAUCGAGAUGGAGAUUUUAGUAUCCACAAUGUUGUAAAUAAUUCUAAUUGUGUAGACUCAUAAUACAUUUGUAUAUGCUUCCUUUGUAUGUCGUAUUUGAUGUGGCAGUCCAUAACAUCUGUUGUUCAUAUUUUUUACGAUAAUGUUCACAUUUUUUACGAUAAUGUACCGUCAUUCAUAUUUAAAGAAAAAUAUAUUUAUAAGUAUAUGAAAUAUAUCUUCAAAGUAACAA